AACUCUCCAGCCAAGAUCAACUCCAUGGAAAAAAAGCUGCACCUCAAAAGCAAAGAACUGCAAGACACUCAAGACAAAUGUCACAAGAUGGAGCAGGAGAUCUCCCGGUUUCAGCGUAAGAUGACUGACCUGGAGUCAGUGCUGCAGCAGAAGGAUGUGGAGCUCAAAGCCUCGGAGACCCAGAGGAGCAUCCUGGAGCAGGACCUCGCCACAUACAUCACCGAGUGCAGCAGUCUGAAGCGCAGUCUGGAGCAGGCUCGUGUUGAAGUGUCACAGGAAGAUGAUAAAGCUCUCCAGCUCCUCCAUGACAUCAGAGAACAGAGCAACAAACUCCAGGAGAUCAAGGAGCAGGAGUACCACGCUCAGCUGGAGGAGAUGCAGGUGACCAUCAGGCAGCUGGAGGAGGAUCUGUCUGCCGCUCGCCGCCGGAGCGACCUGUACGAGACCGAGCUGAGAGAGUCACGACAGACCAGCGAAGAGCUCAGGAGGAAAGCAGCCGAAUACCAGCAGAGGAUCCAGAAGGCGAAGGAGCAGGGGAAAGCAGAUGUGGAGGAGCUGCUCUCUAAACUUGAGAAGACAAACGCCGAGCAGCAGCUGAAGAUCCAGGAGCUGCAGGAUAAACUCUCAAAGGCGGUGAAGGCGAGCACAGAAGCCACGGAGCUGCUGCAGAACAUCCGUCAGGCCAAAGAGCGUCUGGAGCGAGAGCUGGAGCGUCUGCGCAGCAAAUCUGACCCCAGCGACACACUGCGCAGACGCCUGCGAGAGACCGAGGAGGGCAGGAAGACUCUGGAGAACCAAGUGAAGCGUCUGGAGAUGGUGGAGCGUCGAGAGAACAAACUGAAGGAUGACAUCCAGACCAAAUCCCAACAGAUCCAACAGAUGGCUGAGAAGAUACUGGAGCUGGAGGAAAACUUGCGGGACACUCAGGCUACAGCUCAGAGGAUGGAAGCCCAUCUGGAACACAAAGAGCGACUCUAUGAAGACAAGAUCAAGGUUCUGGAGGCUCAGAUGAAAGCAGAUCUGGUUGAUAAAGACUGUCUGGAGCACAAACGAGCUCAACAUGAAGAAGAGGCGCGAGAGAAAUGCAAACUCAUCAGUGAACAGAAAGCUACCAUCAAGGCCAUGGACAAUAAGAUGAAGAGUCUGGAGCAGCGGAUCACUGAACUCUCUGAAGCCAAUAAACUGGCAGCCAACAGCAGCAUUUACACCCAGAAAAACAUGAAAGCUCAGGAGGAGAUGAUCUCGGAGCUGCGGCAGCAGAAGUUUUACCUGGAGUCUCAGGCGGGGAAACUGGAAGCACAGAAUGCCAAACUGGAGGAACAUAUGGAGAAGAUGAGCCAGCAGGAGCAGAGCAGGAAGAGCCGACUCCUGGAGCUGGAGAGCAGACUCAGACAGAUGGGUCUGGAGCACGAGGAGCAGAAGCUGGAGAUCAAGCGUCAGGUGACGGAGCUCACGCUGUCACUGCAGGAGAGAGAGUCUCAGAUCAGCAGCCUGCAGGCGGCGAGACACGCGCUCGAGAGUCAGCUACAGCAGGCCAAGACCGAGCUGGAGGAGACCACAGCCGAAGCUGAGGAGGAGAUCACAGCGCUGAGAGCCCACAGAGAUGAGAUCCAGCGCAAGUUUGACGCACUGAGGGACAGCUGCUCGGUGAUCACAGAUCUGGAGGAGCAGCUGACGCAGCUGACCCAGGAGAACGCCGAGCUGAACCAGCAGAACUUCUAUCUGUCCAAGCAGCUGGACGAGCUGACGCUGGAGAGCGAGGAGCGACUGCAGCUCAGUCAGGACGUGGACCGUCUGCGCAGAGAGGUGGCCGACCGAGAGAUGCUCCUCAACAACCAGAAACAGAACAUCGAGACUCUGAAGACCACGUGCAGCAUGCUGGAGGAGCAGGUGGAGGAGCUGGAGAGUCUGAACGAUGAGCUGCUGGAGAAGGAGAGACAGUGGGAGAACUGGAGAUCUGCUCUGGAGGACGAGAAGAGCCAGGCGGAGCGCAGGUCCAGAGACAUGCAGAGACUGCUGGACAACGAGAAGCAGAACAGGUUGCGAGCGGACCAGCGCAGCUCAGAGUCUCGUCAGGCGGUGGAGCUGGCCGUCCGUGAACACAAGGCUGAGAUCGUGGCUCUGCAGCAGGCGCUGAAAGAGCAGAGACGGAAAGCUGAGAGUCUGUCUGAUACUCUCAGUGACCUGGAGAAGAAGCACGCCGUGCUGGAGAUGAACGCGAGGAGCCUUCAGCAGAAGCUGGAGACGGAGAGAGAACUCAAACAGAGACUCAUGGAAGAGCAAGGGAAGCUGCAGCAGCAGAUGGACCUGCAGAAGACACACAUCUUCAGACUGACACAGGGACUACAGGACGCACUGGACCAGACCGACCUGCUGAAGACUGAGAGAACCGACCUCGAGUACCAGCUGGAGAACAUACAGGCCGUCUACUCACACGAGAAAGUGAAGAUGGAGGGAACCAUCUCACAGCAGACCAAACUCAUCGACUUCCUGCAGGCCAAGAUGGACCAGCCCACCAAGAAGAAGAAGGGUAUAUUCGGGCGGCGGCGUGAGGAGGUGGGUGUCACUGCUAACAGUGCUGCAUUGGUCUCGUCUCAGUCCUCUGUUCCUCUGCCGUACGGAGACAUGAAAGCGGCGCUGGAGAAGGAGCGCGGUCGCUGCUCAGAGCUGGAGGAGGCGCUGCAGAAGAUGAGGAUCGAGCUGCGCUCCUUACGAGACGAGGCGGCUCAUUUUAAAGCGCAGGAGCACAUGGCUCCGUCCACGCCGGCCUCGGUCCGUCAGAAGAUCCACAUGUCGGCCAUCGUGAAGUCUCCGGAGCGCCAGCCCAAUCCCAGCAGCCUCCUGAACCCGUCCAGCUCGGCCCGCCGCAAGGAGAGCUCCACGCCGGAGGAGUACGGGCGGCGCGUGAAGGAGCGAACGCAUCACAACAUCCCGCAUCGCUUCACCGUGGGACUGAACAUGAGAGCGGCCAAGUGUGCCGUCUGCCUGGACACGGUUCACUUCGGCCGACAGGCUGCCACCUGUCUGGAGUGUCGUACUCUCUGUCACCCCAAGUGUUCCCCGUGUCUGCCGGCCGCCUGCGGUCUUUCGGCUGAAUACACCACACACUUCUCUGAGGCUCUGAGUCGGGACAGAUGCAGCUCCCCGGCGCUGCAGGUCAAAGAGGCUUCGGGUCACAUGCGUCUGGAGGGAUGGAUGAAGCAGCCCAGGAACAGUAAGAGAGGGCAGCAGGGCUGGGAGAGGAAGUAUGUGGUGCUGGACGGGACCAAACUAUCAAUCUACGAGUCCGAGCCGUGCGAAGACUCAGUGAAGCCGCUGGAGGAGUUUGAGCUGUGUUUGCCGGACGGUGAUGUGACGGUGCAUGGAGCCGUCGGAGCCUCGGAGCUCAUCAACACGGCCAAAUCAGAUAUCCCGUACGUGCUGAAGCUGGAGUCUCAUCCUCACACCACGUGUUGGCCGGGUCAGUCUCUGUACUUCAUGGCUCCCAGUGUCCCAGAUAAGCAGCGCUGGGUGUCUGUUCUGGAGUCAGUGGUGUCCGGCAGCAGAGGAUCGCGAGAGAAGAGCGAAGCGGACGCGAAGCUGCUGGGAAACUCUCUGCUGAAGCUGGAGGGAGACGAUCGGCUGGACAUUAACUGUACUUUACCACUGACCGACCAGAUCGUGCUGGUGGGCUCAGAGGAGGGUCUGUACGCUCUGAACGUCAUCAAGAACUCUCUCACACACAUCCCGGGACUCGACUCUGUGUUUCAGAUCCAGAUCCUGAAGGAGCUCGACAAGCUGCUCAUGAUCACCGGUGAGGAGCGUGCUCUCUGUCUGCUGGACAUUAAGCGGGUCAAGCAGUCUCUGGCUCAGUCUCAUCUUCCAGCGCAGCCGGAUCUCAGUCCUUACAUCUUCGAGGCGGUGAAGGGCUGUCAUCUCUUCGCUUCUGGAAAGAUCGACGCGUGCAUGUGUAUCUGUGCCGCGAUGCCCAAUAAAAUCACCAUCUUGCGCUUCAACGACACACUCAACAAGUUCUGCAUCAGAAAGGAGAUCGAGACGUCUGAACCCUGCAGCUGCAUCCACUUCACCGGAUACAGCAUCAUCAUCGGCACCAACAAGUUCUACGAGAUCGAGAUGCAGCAGUACGUGCUGGAAGAGUUCCUGGAUAAGAGUGACGUGACUCUGGCCUCGGCUGUGUUCUCCGCCUCGUCCCACAGCUUCCCCAUCUCCAUCAUCCAGGUGUCCAGCGCGCCGCAGAAGGUGGAGUACCUGCUCUGCUUCCACGAGUUCGGUGUGUUUGUGGACGCGUACGGCCGGAGGAGUCGCAGCGAUGACAUCAAGUGGAGCCGCCUGCCGCUGUCCUUCGCGUACCGAGAGCCGUACCUGUUUGUCACCUACUUCAACUCUCUGGACGUCAUCGAGGUUCAGAGUCACUCUGCGCUCGGGCCUCACGCUUACGCUCACCUGGACAUCCCUAACCCACGUUACCUGGGUCCGGCCAUCUCGUCCGGCGCCGUGUAUCUGGCCUCGUCCUUCCAGAACAAGCUGCGAGUGAUCUGCUGCAAAGGAAACCUGAGUCAGGAGACAUCAGCAGCAGAAUCUCAGAGAAACGGAUCCACACGCAGCCCAAACAAGCGCGGUCCUCCCACCUACAACGAGCACAUCUCCAAGCGUCUGGCUGCGAUGCCGGAUGUAGAGGACGGCCUGCACCAGCCCGGGACGCCCCACCGAUACCACGAGGCUCGCACCGAGUUCAGACGGGACAAGUCUCCGGCGCGGCCCCUGGACAGAGCGAAGUCCCCCGGCCGGAUGAUGGACCCCCGGCUGGAGCGCUCGCCCGGACGCCUCAUGGACCUGCGCAGGGAGAGGUCACCCGGACGGGCGUUUGAGGAGCCUCGCCAAAGACUGCACACGGGGUCAGCUCGAACCCCCAUCAACACUGUUAACAAGGUGUGGGAUCAGUCGUCAGUGUAAGAGUCAUCAGUGAAGAUCCGAUCCGAUCCGUCCUGAUGAAGAAGCUCUCAAACAGCACAACGUCCCACUCACCAGGCCUUACAAACACAGAUCCGGCCAGCAUUUACUAAACCACACACACACGCACACGGACACGCACACACGCACACACACGCACACGGACAC